AUGGAAAUAUGGUGGAACCAAUCAUCCACAGAUGACUUCAUCCUCUUGGGAAUCUUUUCCAAUAGCCAGACUGAUGUUGUCCUCUUCUCUGUAGUCAUGAUGGUCUUUACAGUGGCCCUCUGUGGGAAUGUUCUCCUCAUCUUCCUCAUCUACAUAGACUCUCGACUUCAUACACCCAUGUACUUCUUCCUCAGUCAACUCUCCCUCAUGGACCUCAUGUUGGUCUGUACUAAUGUACCCAAGAUGGCGGUCAACUUCCUGUCUGGCCGGAAGUCCAUCUCCUUUGUGGGUUGUGGUGUACAAAUUGGCCUUUUUGUGUCCCUUGUGGGGUCUGAGGGGCUCUUGCUGGGACUCAUGGCUUAUGAUCGCUAUGUGGCUAUUAGUCAUCCACUUCACUAUCCCAUCCUCAUGAAUCGCAGGAUCUGUCUCCAGAUUGUCGGGAGCUCCUGGGCCUUUGGAGUAAUAGAUGGUGUGAUUCAGAUGGUGGUAGUAAUGACCUUCCCCUACUGUGGUCUGAGGGAAGUGAACCACUUCUUUUGUGAGAUGCUGUCCUUAUUGAAGCUGGUCUGUGUAGACACAUCCAUUUUUGAGAACGUGGUAUUUGUUUGUUGUGUCUUUAUGCUAUUCCUACCUUUCUCCAUUGUUUUGGCCUCCUAUGCUCGAAUCCUGAAGGCUGUGCUCUAUAUGCAUUCUGCUCAGGCAGGUAAAAAGGCUCUGGCCACCUGUUCCUCCCACCUGACAGCUGUAUCCCUCUUCUAUGGGGCAGCCAUGUUCAUCUACCUGAGGCCCAGGCGCUACCGGACCCCAAGUCAUGAUAAGGUGGUCUCUGUCUUCUACACAGUCCUUACUCCCAUGCUCAAUCCCCUCAUUUAUAGCUUGAGGAAUCGGGAAGUGUUGGGGGUGGUGAGGAGGGGACUGGAGCAUUGCAGGAUGGGCAGCAAGUUCUGA